AGUAUACCUCCCGUUCGCUAUAUUCUAUAUUAUAUCGCGACAUGAUCAUGAUGAGCAUGUCAAAUUCAACGCAUGGCCCUUGGAGAGAGCCAAAGUGGUUGAGGUUCAACAGGGCCAUCGGGAGGGGAAUGCACCUCGCUCAGAGUCAUCUUCCGGAGUCGUCCAAACCAUAGAUUUCGUCAUUGUGGCCUGGAUACAUAACUCGUUGAUCUCUUCAGGGUCUAGGCCUCUGGCUAGUGCUUUCUCCAUUCAAAAACCUUAUGUGCUCACACACGUGGGUGGUGAGGACUAGAGUCUGAGGUUCAGACGAGCCAGGCUGAUCUAGAAGGAAGCCCAUGGCCAUGGCAAGGAUGAAGAUCCAAUCUAAACAGUGUGAUGUUUGAUUAUGAACCUUUCUGUCUCAUCCGUCGAGUGGCAAAGUUUGCCCCGCACGUGCAAAGAAGCCACGCUCACAAACAACUAUACCUUGUUCGACCCUGAAUCCCAGGGUUUUGUUUUACUGGUCCAUUGGCCAACUAGGGCAAGGUGACGGUCUUCAGUUGGGAUUUCGAGCGGUACGUCUUCAAUCAUGUAGUGCCAACCACAGCUGUCCGUGGAAACAGCUUGGCCUCCUGUUUUGGGUUCCAGCGUCACGGACGAUUGCAGAAGCUGCGCCAGCUGUGGGGAAGACUUCUGGCACGGUCCAAGAUGUAGAUUGCCUCUGGGGAUAGGACGUCAGAUGUUUGGUAGGAACUUCAAAGCUGAAGAUUACCCAGCCAGCUUCCUUGGUUCAAGCGGUGCCUCCUGAUUUUCGCUGGGCCAUGAAUGGCAAGAUCCUCCAUUUGGUGGGCUCACAAACUAGCGACUACUACUAUGGCGUGUCACGAGUCAUGUAUGCUCCUGGAUGUAUCGCGGCCCUGCCCGAGCUCGACCAUCUUGUGCUCUUGGCCCGGCUCGAUGGCACUUGGUCUCUCUGUACCUCCUUGGACAAGGCGGACCAUGCGGAACGGCUCAGCUUACCAGAGGCCCUGGGCCAGUUGGGUCGCGAGAAGAUCGCCUGCACCUGGGUUUGGAUGGUGGACUUGGGGUUGAGGGGGGUGAAUGGAGAACCUCCAGGGAAAGUUGAUAUUUUUGGAGCCACACAGGGGGCAAUCUGAUCGAGGUGUGCAGCCCCAUAUGUUCGACUACAAGGGCAUGGUGUCGACUCGGAGCAUCGCGGAAUUGUUGGACAUUCCCAUGGUUGGCUCUCCCGGAGAGGUCAUGGCCUUGACCACGAACAAGUGGCAGUCCCGCGCUGUGGUGGCGAGCCACGGAGUGUCGGUGCCCAAGGCGCAACUUUUGAGACCUGGCGACAAGGUUGAGAUGAGGGUGCCGUUGAUCAUCAAGCCAUGCCGCGAGGACAACUCAAUGGGCAUCACACUCGUCCAAACGGAGUCCGACAUCGAAUCGGCGCUCAUUGAAGGAUUUAAGUAUGAUGACCAGCUCCUCUGCGAGCAAUUCAUCCCCCUGGGCCGAGAGUUGAGGAUCGGCGUGGUGGACGGAGAGGAUGAUGAGCUGGAGUUCCUGCCUGUUAUAGAGUACUUCCUGGGUCACAAGAAGCAGCCCAUCCGCACGUCCGCUGACAAGAUCUCCAGCCCAGACGGCACCGCCAAUGGCAUGGACUUCGUCGGUGGGGAAGCUUUGGCGUCCAGCUCUAAUUCGAGUUCAACCCCAGUUUGGGCUCCCAAAAACAUUGCCUUUCCAUCCUUUUCCACACCAAAUCGGGGUCAGCGCAGUUGCAGGUCGAGCAAGUCAACUUGACCCGCUCAAAACCAUUUCUCACCUUCCCAUCUCCCACCUUAUGAGGAGUAUGAGGUGAUCCAGGACCUGUGCCGAGGAUCGCCAAUGCCCUGCAGACAUCGAUGAAGUGCUGCGGAGGAAGCUGGUGGACAUGGCGCGACGAAGCCAUGAAGCUCUAGGUUGUCGCCACUAUUCCCUCUACGACGUGCGCGUCGAUCCUGAAGGGAAUCCCUUCUUCAUUGAAGCAUCGCCUUAUUGCUCCUUCUCUCCCAAGAGUGUCAUCGUCACCAUGUCCAGGGGUGACCCGAAGUACAACGAUACCGACAUCUUCUACCGCUUAGCAAGGAAAGCGAUCCGUGAACAUCAGCCCAUUGGUUCAUCCAAUCAAGCCAUGGGCAUGAGAAGUCGUGGUGUGCUGAAGGUCGUACGGGCCUGAAGCACACCUCGCUCACAGAUAUCCAGCCGCUCGCGGCAUGUCUUUUCAUGCACCAAGUCGACACUUUUGACCUAAUUGAACGCUUUUGUGGUGGCUGUGGAGUGUGUGGAUCCCUGUGUAGCUUUAAUGAUCCUCCUUUGUACUCCCCAAAUUAAAUCCUGUAGGUCCACUACGCUUUUUUAAAUUGCGGAAACCAACAAUAUAGUUGUGUUGGGACUAUAUCAGACGUUAAGCC